AUGCAGGGGGUCGCCGACUGCUCGGCCGUAACCUUCCCGCCCGGAGCCCGGUGCGUCUCGGUUUCAGGCGCGGCCCCGGCGGCUCGGCUCUCCGACCCGUCCCCCCUGCGGGGUCUCCCGCUCUGGGCCUUGUGUGCCGUCUUGAGGACGGCUGAGGCCUUCUCGGAGGUGCCGGUGACCGGGGCCCCUCGGCGGCCAGAGGCCGCCCCACGUGUCACCCCGAACACUGGCAAAACUAAGACCGACGGGCGCGGAGCCGCCGCGGAAAGCCACCCCGCCCGGUCCCGUGGCUGGGGGCCCCGCUCGCCCGCGUCCCUGCCCCCUCCCCCCACGCCGCUCGCCACCCUGCCGCCUCCGAGCAGCGCCGGCCGGGACGCGGCCGGGGCCCGUCCUCCAGCAGAGGUCAACGACGAGAACGUGGUGAAGGUCGGCCACCGGCAGGUGGUGAACAUGAUCCGCCAGGGCGGGAACCACCUCGUGCUGAAGGUGGUCACAGUGGCCAGGAGCCUCGACCCCGACGACACGGCCAGGAAGAAAGCUCCCCCACCUCCGAAGCGGGCGCCGACCACGGCCCUCACCCUGAGAUCCAAGUCCAUGACCUCGGAGCUGGAGGAGCUCGUGGACAAAGCCUCCGUCCGGAAGAAGAAGGAGAAGCCUGACGAGCUGGUGCCCAUCACCAAGCCGCCCCGUGCCGCCGAGAGCGUGGCCGUGGAGCCCAGGGUGGCCACCAUCCGGCAGCGGCCCACCAGCCGGUGCUUCCCGCCCCUCUCGGACGUGAACGUGAGUGCAGAGCGCGAGCGCGUGGCCGGCCGUGCGCCGGGCCGGCCCGGAGCUCCAGGGCCACCGGCCGCGCUUUCAACUGGCCGCGUCCCGUCUUCUGUCGCAGGAAUAACAGAGGAAGAGCGACAGUUUCUGGCCCCUCCGAUGCUCAAGUUCACCAGAAGCCUGUCCAUGCCCGACACCUCCGAGGACAUCCCCCCCCCACCGCAGUCCGUGCCCCCGUCUCCGCCGCCGCCGUCCCCCACCGCCUACAACUGCCCCAAGUCCCCGACGCCCAGGGUCUACAGCACCAUCAAGCCCGCCUUCAGCCAGAACCCCCCGGCCCGGGUGGCGCCGGCCGUGCGCUCCGACACCGUGGCCGCCCUGGUACGGGACAAGGGACCGCUCUACCGCCGGGAGCUGGACCGCUACUCCCUGGACUCCGAGGACCUGUACAGCCGCGCCGCCGCCCAGGCCAACCUCCGCGGCAAGCGGGGCCAGCUGCCCGAGAACCCGUACUCGGAGGUGGGGAAGAUCGCCAGCAAGGCCGUGUACGUGCCCGCCAAGCCCGCGCGGCGGAAGGGCAUGCUGGUGAAGCAGUCCAACGUGGAGGACAGCCCCGAGAAGACCUGCUCCAUCCCCAUCCCCACCAUCAUCGUCAAGGAGCCCUCCACCAGCAGCAGCGGCAAGAGCAGCCAGGGCAGCAGCAUGGAGACCGACCCGCAGGCGCCAGAGCCGCCGGGCCAGCUGCGGCCGGACGACAGCCUGGCCGUCAGCAGCCCCUUCGCCGCCGCCAUCGCCGGGGCCGUGCGCGACCGGGAGAAGCGGCUGGGGGCCCGGAGAGACUCCCCGGCCUUCCUGUCCACCGACCUGGGGGACGAGGACCUGGGCCUCGGGCCCCCCGCCCCCCGGGGCCGGUCCUCCCAGCUCCCGGAGGAGGGAGGCUUUGGCGAGGACGACGGUACCGAGCCACCGCCGCCCACCCCGGGGGGCCCGGCCGGCGAGCCCGAGGACCUCCUCGCGGGCGGCGGCGAGGCCGGAGCACAGGGCGAGGCUGGCAGGCCUCUGAAUCCCACGCCCAGGGCCAAGGGGGCCGAGGGCGUCUCUGCGGGGGCCCCGAAGAGCAGCGCCGCCGGCAGCUCCGAGAACUACAUCCACCCGCUCACCGGGAGGCUGCUGGACCCCAGCUCCCCACUGGCCCUGGCCCUCUCGGCCAGGGACCGGGCCCUGAAGGAGUCCCAGCAGGGCCCCAAGGGGGAGGCCCCCAAGGCUGACCUCCACCAGCCACUCUAUGUCGACACCAAAAUGCGGCCCGGCGCCGAGGCUGGGGUCUCGGCGGCCGCCAGGCAGAACACGCGGGGGCCCCUGCGGCGACAGGACACGCCCCCCGCCGGCCCCGAGCCCGGCAGCGCCGCCGCGGGGCCCGGCAGGACCCUCGUGGCCGCGGGCUCCGUGGAAGAGGCGGUCGUCUUGCCGUUCCGCAUCCCCCCGCCCCCCCUGGCCUCCGUGGACCUGGACGAGGAUUUCAUUUUUACGGAGCCGCUGCCUCCUCCCCUGGAAUUCGCGAACAGCUUUGAUAUUCCCGACGACCGUGUCGCGCCAGCCCCCGCGGUCACGGACUCGGCCAAGCAAAAGAAAAGCGACGCCCCCCCGCCCCCCUCGUUGAACUCCGGCCAGCCGAGCGGCGCCACAGACGGCAAGAAGCCCGCUGGCCUCUCGAACUGUCUGCCCGCCCCCUUCCUGCCCCCCCCCGAGAACUUCGACGCUGUCACGGACUCUGGGAUCGAGGAGGUGGACAGCCGGAGCGGCAGCGACCACCACCUCGAGACGACCAGCACCGUCUCCACGCUGUCCAGCAUCUCCACGGUGUCCUCCGAGGGCGGGGAGGCCGUGGACACCUGCACCGUCUACGCCGACGGGCAGGCGUUUAUGGUGGACAAGCCCCCAGUACCUCCAAAGCCAAAAAUGAAGCCCGUCAUCCACAAAAGCAAUGCACUUUACCAGGAUGCGCUGGCCGAGGACGACAGGGACGGCUUCGUCACCCCCCCGCCGGCACCCCCGCCCCCGCCCGGUGGGGUGCAGCCGGCCACGGCCAAGGUCAUCCAGCCAAGGACCUCCAAGCUGUGGGGCGACGUCCCAGAAGUGAAAAGCCCGGCUCUCUCGGGCCCAAAGGCAAACGUGAUCAGCGAGUUGAACUCAAUCCUGCAGCAAAUGAACCGAGAGAGGUCGGCCAAGCCGGGGGAGGGCAGGGACCCGCCCACGGGAGCCAAACCCGCCAGCCUCGCCCCCAGAAGCCCAGAGGUUGUGAGUGCCGUCUCAGGGACGCGGAGCACAACGGUCACCUUCACCGUCCGCCCGGGGACCUCCCAGCCCAUCACCCUGCAGAGCCGGCCCCCCGACUAUGAAAGCAGGACCUCAGGAACCAGGCGUGCCCCGAGCCCCGUGGUGUCGCCCACGGAGAUGAACCGAGAGAUGCUGCCGGCCCCGCUGUCCGCCUCCGCCGCCAGCCCCGCCCCCAGCCUCUCCGAAGUCUUCAGCCUCCCGAGCCAGCCCCCGUCCGGAGACCUGUUCGGCCUGAACCCCGUGGGGCGCAGCAGGUCGCCGUCCCCCUCCAUACUGCAACAGCCAGUCUCAAGUAAGCCUUUCACGACCAAACCCGUCCACCUGUGGACCAAGCCGGACGUGGCGGACUGGCUGGAGAGCCUGAACCUGGGCGAGCACCGAGAGGCCUUCAUGGACAACGAGAUCGACGGCAGCCACCUGCCCAACCUGCAGAAGGAGGACCUCAUUGACCUGGGCGUGACGCGCGUCGGGCACAGGAUGAACAUCGAAAGGGCUCUGAAGCAGCUGCUGGACAGAUAAGAGCGGCCCCCGGGCCUCCUGCUGUCGGUAGAGAUGGCUUUCCCCGAGACGCAUGGCGGCCGAGCGUGCGGCCGCGAGCCCGGUCCCUGGUUUGUCUCCUGGCCCCCCAAGAAGCGCCGAGCGUGUCCGCAGUGUGUCCGGGCCCAGGCCUGGGAACUGGCCGGCCCCCUGGGGCUUCGUGGGCUGUGCCUGUUGAGCAGGCGGCCAGCGAGGGAGCUCUGAGCUGGAGCCGCAGCCCGCCUCCCGGCACGCAGGCCCCACCUCGCCAGGCCCCAGCCUGUCCGCCACCGGCUGGGGGAGGCCGCGCGCUCGCUCACGGCGGACCCUGUGCUCCAGAUACCUCCUGAGACCUCCCCUCUGCCUCGGCCCCUCCGGCCCUGGCCCCUGGGGGGCGCUAGGAUUGCCCAGUCCUUGCUUCCUCUGAGCUGCCCCAGGGCUGUCGGGCCCGGCCAGAGGCAGAGGCCCUUCUGUGCUGCCGACUCUCCCCGGCCUCUGCCGCGGCAGCCGCGUCCAGCUUUGCUUAGCUUGCUCUCUUUCUUUCUGCACAUCUAUUAGCAUCAUUCCAAAGUGGGCACAGGCGCCACGUGGAGCCAGUCACAGCGCAGGGUCGCGGUUCCGAGGCGGGCCUGGCCCAGCCUCUGUGAGGCGGCGUCUGCUGGGAG